CAGUGGUGGGACGCACCAGGGUGUGGUCCUGCAAGCGCGACGGAUAGUUUAUAGUUUAGGGUUUCCUCUCUUUCUCCUCCUUCUACUCUGCGCUUCUCCUCCUGCCGGAUCUCCCUGCCUGCUUACGGACCGCUGCAUCUAUAGCGACUUCCUGCUUUCUGCUCCAAAAGUAAUCGUCCAAGACCGUGAAAAUGGCCUGCAGAGGAACUAUUAAGGCGAGUCCUAACUUCAACGCCAGCGGUGAUGCAGAGGUCCUGUACAAGGCCAUGAAAGGGCUGGGGACCGAUGAGGAUUCCAUCUUGCAGCUGCUGACUGAUCGCAGCAACGCCCAGAGGCAGGAGAUCAAGGCCACCUACAAGACUCUGUAUGGAAAGGAUCUGAUAGAUGACCUGAAAGGAGAGCUGGGUGGCAAAUUUGAGACACUGAUUGUGGCUCUGAUGACUCCACCCAUUGCUUAUGAUGUGACAUUACUUCGCAAUGCCAUCAAGGGGGCAGGAACGGAUGAGAAGGUCCUGGUUGAGGUACUUGCUUCCAGAACUUCUCACCAGGUGAAGGACAUUGUUGCCGCUUACAGACAAGAGUAUGAUGCCGACCUGGAGGAGGAUGUAUGUGGUGACACUUCUGGUCACUUUCAGAGGCUUCUGGUUAUUCUGCUCCAGGCAAACAGGCAGACAGGAAUCCAGCAGGGAAACCUUGAGAGCGAUGCACAGGCUCUCUUUAAGGCAGGAGAGGAGAAGUUUGGCACCGAUGAGCAAUCAUUUGUUACCAUCCUGGGAAACCGCAGCGCCGAACAUCUGAGAAAAGUAUUUGAGGGUUAUAUGAAGCUGUCCGGAUACGAGAUGGAGGAGAGUAUCCAGAGAGAAACAUCUGGUAACCUGAGAGACCUGCUUCUAGCUGUUGUAAAGUGUGCCAAGAGUGUUCCAGCCUACUUCGCUGAGACCCUGUACUAUGCCAUGAAGGGUGCUGGUACUGACGAUGACACCCUGAUCAGGGCGAUGGUGACUCGUAGUGAAGUGGACUUGAUGGAGGUCAGGUCUGAGUUCAGGAGGCUGUUUGCUUGUUCUCUCCACUCAAUGAUCAAGGGUGAUACCGGUGGUGACUACCGCAAGGCUUUACUGUUGCUCUGUGGUGGAGAUGAUGCAUAACCGUGGCAACAAGUAAUAAUAGUAACACACCUGCAGUGCCUCCUCUCUUCGUGGACCCAGUGGGCCAUCAGCUCGCUGAAACAACAAGCUAACCCAAAGUUGUUUUUCUUUUGUUUUGUAAGAACAAGACAAUACAUCAGGUCUUUAAAACUAUGAUUCCAAACAAUGUCUUUGACAGGUAGCUAACAUUUUGUCAACCUUAAUGGAGCUUUUAAAUGAUAAUUUUUCCAUAACUUGUGUAAUAUCUUUCAUUUAUAAUUUUGAAGUACCAGACAACCGUUGUUUUGUUUGCACUUUGUAUGGCAGAACCAAUAUAUGCAAUAUUAAAUGUUUCAGUUAAUGAAGGACAGUGA